UUCUAUGGAGACUACUGCGGUCGCUCCUUCCAUGGAGACCACUCCAGUCCCCCAUUCUAAGGAGACAACUGUGGUCCCUCAUUCCAUGGAGACCACUGCCGUCUCCGAGACCAUUACGGUCCCCCAUUCCUCGGAGACCAUUACGGUUCCACAUUCCACGGAGGUCCAGCAUUCCAGGACUACAACUCUCUCCCAUUCUGCGGAGACCACUGCGGCCCCCCAUUCUGCUGAGACCACUGCGAUCCCCCAUUCAAUGGAGACCACUGCAGUCCCCCAUUCCAAGGAGACCACUGUUGUGACAUCUUUAUCCCCACCCAGUGAUGGGAUGCUCACUACUGAUUCAGCCCAGAGUGAUGCCAUCAGAGCAAAGACUCUUGCUACAGCAGCCACUCCGUCUGUCAAACCCCAAAUGAUCCAGUUAAAGCAAAGAUUCAAAGAACUUAAGAAAGCAACACAGCAGUGUCUUGAGAAACGCGAUAUUUCAGUUGAGAGAAUCACAAAUACUCUAAAGUUAUUGUCAGCGGAUAAUGAUGACAACAAACACAAAUAUUUCGCAGACAGCCACAUUAGUGUUUUUGAACAAGCUCACAACCAUUCUGCUCUCAUUGGACAAUUAGACUUCAACAUGGACUACCUCUCCUACCAUUUGCUGGACUAUCUGGUCGAAGAGUUUGGUCUGGAGGAGGUGAAAGUCUUGAUGGAGGCGUACAAGUUGGAUAUACAGGAGUUCAGGGCGAAAACACCAGUAACUCUGUUCUGUCAGUUGCAGCAAGGAGAACGAGUCAAAAUCUCACAAGAAUUUAAGAAGGUGGUAGUUGAAUUUAAGCAGCAAAGAGAUAUGAAAUUAAACGUCUUGGAACAGUUUCAGAAGAAGUACACAGCCCACUACCACCUAAAAGACCUAGCCCUAAUAUUAGCUGGGAUACAUCUUGGGGCUUCCGUCAUUACCGUAACCUGGUUUUUCCCUCGAUCUUUAGCCACAAAAUUAAAGGCAAACGUACCAAGAGUCAUGCUGAAAACAAAGUCUAUCUCAAAGUUGAGAGUAUCUGGAAAGUGUGUCUAUCGUAGUGGUGCAACGCAAGAUUACCUAUUCAUCGAGAAGCCAUCUGAAGAUUACUUCUGUCCCGUAACAACUGGUCUCCUGCUCGAUCCUCACCUCACAUCAUGCUGUGGAAAAUAUCUCUCGCAGGAAGCUGCCAUCAGGAUACAGAGGGGGGGAGGAGUAUGUCCACUGUGCAAGAGUGCCGAAUGGAGCACUGUGCUAAAUAAGGAAGUGCAGCGUCAAGUAAAGUCCCUCCGUGUCUUCUGUCAUCAUGAAGACAGAGGAUGCAGGUGGCAGGGGGAGCUGCGUAACUUUGAGAAACAUGUUAAUUCUUGUCUAAUG